AUGUUUGCUGCAAAGGUCUUCCCGGGGGUUGUAGCACCAGUGGCCUUUUUCGCAGCUUUGGUUCAGGGAUAUGCAGACCCCGGUAGCUGCUCGGGUUCUUGCAAUGUCCAUGAUCCGUCGUUAAUACAAAGAUCAUCAGACAGUGUCUAUUUCAGGUUCUCCACUGGCAACAAAAUCUCCUAUGCAAGUGCGUCGUCCAUCAAGGGACCAUGGACAACGAUCGGAUCCGUGCUUCCCGAUGGCUCCUCUAUUGAUCUUGAUGGGAAUGAUGACUUGUGGGCCCCAGACGCUCAUACCGUGGAUAAUCUCUACUACGUCUACUAUUCUGUUUCAACAUUCGGGUCCCAAUCCUCCGCGAUCGGCCUCGCGACUUCGGAAACCAUGGAAGCCGGCUCCGGCUCUUGGACCGAUCAGGGUACUACCGGAAUAUCGUCAUCCUCAUCUAAGGCUUACAAUGCCAUUGAUGGGAACCUUAUCGACGUUGACGGCACUUACUAUAUGAAUUUCGGGUCCUUCUGGCAUGACCUAUAUCAAGCACCAAUGAAUUCUGCAGCAACCAAAGUCUCCUCGUCAUCAUACAACAUAGCCUACAACUCAUCCGGUUCUCAUGCAGAGGAGGGCACCUACAUGUAUAAGUAUGGUAACUACUAUUAUCUUUUCUUCUCGUCGGGCAUUUGCUGUGGCUAUGAUACUUCGAGGCCCGCAACUGGAGAGGAAUACAAAAUCAUGGUCUGUCGGUCCACCUCGCCGACAGGCGGCUUUGUUGACGCUGAUGGUACGGCCUGCACGAGUGGUGGAGGCACAGUUGUGCUGGCGAGUCACGGGACAGUUUAUGGUCCCGGUGGACAGGGAGUCUUUACUGACCCCAGUCUCGGCCCUGUUCUUUAUUACCAUUAUGUUGACACCACAGUUGGCUACGCAGAUGGCCAGAAACUAUUCGGAUGGAAUCAGAUCGAUUUCUCCACCAGAUGGCCGGUAGUGUGA